CCUUCACGACGAAUAUCUCGUGUUUGUUGGUUGCCGGCGAUACCCCUUUUUUAUAAAGUAACCUUACCAUCGAAAAAAAUGCCUUAUCGUGGCAAAUUGCGAUUGCUUAGCAGGGCCUGCUUCGCAUUCAGAAACUCGUGCGCCGAGAAGAGCAGCACACAUUUCGCUGCUAGCAUUCCCGGCAGGAAUUUCUCUGUAAGCAGCACGCUCGACAUGAGGUUCGUGCAGUUCGUCAGCAAGAACGGGGGACCCCAGCACUUAGGGGUGCAAUUGAAACAGGGUGGUGACAUAAUUGCCGUGUCCGCGGUCGACUCGCGGAUCCCCAACACGUUGAAAAAGUUCCUCGAAGGUGGCGAUGACCUUUUGAAAAAGGCCAAAAGAAUAGUGGCCGAGGGACGAAGCAUCAUACCAGAAGCAGACGUGAACUUUCUGGCGCCAGUAACACGGAUGGACAAAUUGGCGUGUGUCGGGCUUAACUAUAGCGGCCACUGCAAAGAGCAAGGUCUAUCGCCGCCGGAAUCGCCAGUAGUUUUUAGCAAAUUCCCGAGCAACAUUAUUGGCCCGCGCGACAACAUUAUGCUACCCCCGAUUUCGGAAAAAGUCGACUGGGAGGCCGAACUCGCGAUAGUAAUCGGCAAAAAGUGUAAAGCACUGAAAAAUGACGAAGGGGAGGAUUGUAUUUUCGGUUAUACAGUGGCGCAGGAUAUUACGGCGCGGGACUGGCAAAAGUCAAAGAGAAAUGGCGGCCAGUUCCUCCUGGGAAAAGCCAUGGACACGUUCUGUCCCUUGGGGCCGGCUGUGGUCACCAAAGAAUCUGUAUGCGACAUCAACAAUUUGUCUGUAAAAACAUGGGUAAAUGGUAACAUCAAGCAAGAUGGAAACACCAGUGAAUUGAUCUUCAAGCCCCACGAGAUUGUUGCCUACAUUUCACAAUUUAUGACUCUGCUACCGGGAGACGUGAUUCUAACUGGUACGCCAGCUGGCGUUGGUUUCACUCGUAAACCACCGGAGUUUCUACAGCGUGGGGACGUAUUAGAAACGGAAAUAGAGAGCUUGGGGCGCCUGAGGAACAAAGUUCUCUGAUCUGAUGCCUGGAGAGGGUGUACAGGAGCGAUUUGCCCUGAAACGUUUCAGGACCGAAAUCAUCGUCAGAACGUGCGGAUAAAUCACGGUCCGUUCUGAACAGGUUCAGUGCUCGAUUAUGAGAGGAUGGAAACGAUUCGGGACAAACAAAAUAAAUGUCGAUGUGUCCGCAUAAUGAUGUCAAUAACUAUCGGAACAAGAAGUUCAUGUCAACGGGCGGUCUUCGUGAAAGAUUAAACAGAAGCCUAAAUGCAUUCACACAUCCCGGGCACUGAAUUUUAUGUACUUGUACAAUUACUACAAGACUGUUUCUGGAAAAUAUCAAUUUACUAUAUGCGUCUUUUUUAUCGCGAUUGUUUCUUUUUUUACCAAACUCUGUGAACUUCAAUUAAAAUAUUUUUAGAGGAAA